AUGUUUGCCAGAUCUGUGAUCAGGUCUGCUGGACCACUGCGUCAGAACUUCCGCAGCUACGCGACCGAAGCACCCAAAUCCUCGUCCUCCACGCCCUUGAUUGUCGGCGUCGCAGCUGUUGGCGCAGGUAUCGCAGGCUACACAUUCCUAGGCUCUAACAAAGCCUCCGCCGAUGCACCGCCCAAGCCUUCCGAAGAUGCGACGCAUGCAGCAGAAACUACAUCUGCAGCGAAGGCUUUCCGGGGUGGUGACCAAGGUUUCGUAGACCUCAAGCUCGCCGAGAUCAUUCCCUACAACCACAACACCAAGAGAUUCAAGUUUGAGUUGCCCGGGAAAGAUCAGGUCUCAGGGUUGACGGUCGCUUCUGCGGUCAUUACGAAGUACCAGAGCCCCAAGCACGAAAAGCCCGUUAUCAGACCCUACACGCCCAUCAAUGAGGAAGAUGAGCGAGGCUACGUUGAGCUUUUGGUCAAAUCAUACCCCAACGGCCCCAUGUCUGAGCAUCUGCACUCCAUGGCUCCUGGCCAGAUGCUCUCUUUCAAGGGCCCGAUCCCCAAGUACUCCUGGGCCGCCAACAAGCACGAGCACAUCACCUUGAUCGCCGGCGGCACCGGAAUCACCCCAAUGUACCAACUCAUCCGAGCUAUCUUCAAGAAUCCGGAAGACAAGACCAAAGUGUCGCUAAUUUUUGGUAAUCUCACUGAGAAGGAUAUCUUGCUGAAGGAGGAGUUGGAGAAGAUCGAGAACGAGUUCCCUCAGCGUUUCCGCGCCUUUUACACAGUCGAUACCCCACCCGAGAGUUGGCCUUACGGCAAGGGCCACAUCACCAAGGAAUUAUUGAAGGAGGUUAUCCCAGACCCAAAGAGCAACAACAUCAAGGUCUUCGUGUGUGGCCCACCAGGAAUGUACAAGGCCAUCAGUGGACCCAAGGUUAGCCCUACAGACCAGGGCGACCUCUCCGGCAUACUCAAGGAGUUGGGCUAUACGAAGGAGCAGGUCUACAAGUUUUAA